AAAGUCAAUGAAUCAUGGAUAAUCAGAGAGUCAAUGUUGUGCGACAGGAUGGCGCGUCCUAAGAACCUGUUCGCCGGUGGACCGCAAACACGGAAGUGGCGUGGAACGCACAGACGGCAGAGUGAUCGUCCACUGGAGACGUGCGCCGCGCAGUGGGAAGUGUGGACGUGACUGAGGCGGAGCGCUCGGUGUGCCUCGUCACUUACCGUCAGCACGACAGUCUGCCAGACCAGAUAGAAGUGUGGAUCCAAUGUAUUAUGGUUGUCUGCUGACGAUGAUCCAGCACUUCUGGAAAUGGGGAAACCUCAGAGCCAGCUGAAUGAGAGGAUAUUAAACAUCACCUUGGAAAUCAUCUUCCUGCUGACCGGAGAGGAUUAUGGACCUGUAAAUGAAAAUGUGAUACGCAGCAGUGCCCACCAUGUGUCUGGAGGAUGUAGUAGCACUCAGAAACCCAUCACAGAGCCACCAAUUCACUCACUGAUACAUGAGGAAAACCAUGAACACCAGAUCCUGGACCUCACCAAGAAGAUCAUUGAGCUGCUGACUGGAGAGGUUCUUAUAAGGAGUCAGGAUGUCGCUGUCUAUUUCUCCAUGGAGGAGUGGGAGUAUAUAGAAGAACACAAGGAUCUGUACAGGGAUAUUGUCUUCACUUCCCCGGAUUUGUCUACAGCUACACAUGAACUUGGGGAACGCUGUACACCUGUUUCUUCGCCCUUUUAUUUGAAGAAUACAAACUGUCUCCUUGCGACCAUACAGGACGUAAGAUGUUCAUCAAUAGGGAAACAAAAUAUGACAAACCAUUGGGACACUGUUGCCAAAAAAGCUAUUUCUUGUGAGGCAAGAUGUCUCCGCAACAGCAUUAUUCCACCCACAGGUCAUAUAGAGCAAGCUCCACAAAUAAACUACGGUAGUUUACAUACUGAACUUUCUAAAGAGCAUAAAAAUGCCAUUAAUUACAACCAUCCUGAACUUUUAGACCAUACAUAUGCAAUUACUGCACGUUAUAAACCACUAUUACUUGAGGAAAGAAACCCCACAGACGCAGGCAUUUCUGCACCCACAAAUCAUGCUCAGUUUAAGGAAGAACCAAAUUUAUAUGAUGACGGCAGUGUAACAUACACUGACCUCCACACUCCCAUGGGUCCAAUACAAUAUACAUCUGUCCAUAUUAAGGAGGAAUCUAUGUCAUGUGAAGGAAAUACCAUAGAUAGUAUCACAGACCAUAAGCAAGAAUAUCAAUUUACUCAUAUUAAGGAGGAGCCAACCUCAUGUGAAGUGUCCUAUUUCACAGACAGUAAAUGUUAUACACCCACAGAUCCUACGCAAGCUCUGUUUCAUAUUAAGGCAGAACCAGACUCGUAUGAUGGAGAAUGUCUUGAAAACACAGCCAUUCGCACCCCUAUAUACCAUAUGCACCAAUAUACAUCCCAUCUCCAAGAGCAGCAGCCAUCAGAAAUUGACAUAUACUUACCAACAGACACACAACAUGCAGGUGGUGGCAAAGAUGUCCAUAAAAAACAUGUUCAACAACAUAAAUCGCGAGACAAGCCAUUUUUAUGCACUGAAUGUGGGAAACGUUUUCUGUGUAAAUCAGGACUGUCCACGCAUAAGAAAAUCCACAUGUUUAGGAAACUGCACACUUGCACCGAAUGUGGAAAAUCUUUUCUCAGUCAUUCCUAUCUUGUAAGACAUCAGAAGAUUCAUUCUGGAGAAGAAGCUAAUUCUUGUGAAGACUGUGGUAAGUGUUUUUUGAAAGCAUCAACUCUCAGUGUUCACCAAAAAGUCCACACUAGGAAAGGCCCAUUUUCCUGUACCAGAUGUGGAAAACGUUUCCUCAGGAACUCGAACCUUAGCCGACAUCAGAAAAUUCAUGGACUUGAGAAACCGUUUGCUUGUUCAGAAUGUGACAAGUGGUUUUCUAGCAAAUCUGAACUUGUUGAUCAUCAGAGACAUCACUCGGGAGAAAAAACAUUUUCCUGCCCCACUUGUGGGAAAUCUUUUAUUAAAAUACAGAACCUGUUGAAUCAUCAAAGGCUGCACACUGGGAAGAAUCCAUUUUCUUGUAUCGAGUGUGGAAAGCUCUUUACCAGUAACACCUAUCUUAUACGCCACAUGAAUCUGCAUACAAGGAAGAAGACGUCAUAUCCUUGUCCAACCUGUGGAAAAUAUUUUAAUAGUAAUUUAGAUCUCACUAUACACCAGAGAAUCCACACAGAGGGAAAACCAGGGACAAGUUCUGAAUGGCGAAAAUGUUUCAUCCGUAAGUUAGGCUUUGUUAUACAUCAGCGGAACCAUGCUAAAGAAAAACCUUUCUCAUGUCCCAUAUGUAAAGAGCGGUUUGUAAAGAAAAUACAUUUGUUUCGUCACCAGAAAGUUCACAGUGACGAGAAAUCUCUGAACGCAUAGGAAAUUUCUUAUAACAGGAUAACGGAUUAUACCGCUAUCUGCGGAAGUCCCACACAGAUGAAUGGAGUGGCAGCAUACAUGCGUGACGUUUCUCCGUUUAUUUAGGGGACUCCAGUUUCAUGAAUGGGGGUUCCAGUGGAUGGACCCCCCACUGAUCAGGCACUUAUCAUCUGUCCAGUAUAUACUGUAGGUGAUAAAUUAUCAAGGUGGGACAACCCCAUUAAAUGUAAUUCAGAUGUAUUUAGUUUUCAAAGUAUUUAAUAAAGUGAAAGAAUUAUACAGAUCAAUUUCCCUUCAGAGCAAGAGUUUCUGAGAAACAUGGAGGGGUCAUUGUUACAGCAUUCACAUGACAUUGAUAAGGAAAUACGUCUACAGACUUGCCUCACUUGGUUCACUAUAGCUUUUUGUGAUGACUACUGGUGCUAUUCAAAGCUGCUUGGAGGAGCAUACACAGCCUGCUUCGUCAGUGUCGCUGAUGCAAUCACAUUUAUGGUACCUGGAAUAUAUUCUUAUUGAGUUGUCAGUAUACAUAGAUUUUUGCAUUAUAUUCAGGUUUUGAAUGCUAUUAUGGUCUGACUUACUAUGUACUCUCCUUUGUUUAGGUCCGUUUACGUACAAUUGAAGUCAUAAGUUUACAUACCUUCAUUAAAACUCUGUUUUUCACAAUUCCUGGUAUUUAAUCUUGGUACACAUUGCCUCUCAUAGGUCAGUUUUCAAGAAUGGGAAAUGUCAGAAUAAUAGUAGAGACAAUGUUUUAUUUCAGCUUUUAUUUCUUCACAUUUUCAGUGGCUCAGAAGUUUACAUACAUGUAGUUAGUAGCACUGCCUUUAAAUUGUCUAAGUUGGGUUAAAGGUUUUGGGUAGCCUUCCACAAGAUUCUCCCAAUAAGUUGCUUAGUCAGGGUUGUAGGCCUUCAUGCUCACACACACUUUUCUAGUUCUGUCCAUAUA